AUGCCCCGGUGGAGGCCGCUCGCCCUCGUCCUGCUCGGCCUCGCCGCCUGCCUGCUGGCCGCGCCGGUGCUGGGCUGCGGCCCGGGUCGGGGCCCGGUGGGGCGGCGGCGGCUGGGGCGGCGGCAGCUCUCGCCUCUGCUCUACAAGCAGUUCGUGCCCAACGUGCCCGAGCAGACGCUGGGGGCGAGCGGGAAAGCGGAGGGCAAAGUGCUGCGGGGCUCCGAGCGCUUCAGGGACCUGGUGCCCAACUACAACCCCGACAUCAUCUUCAAGGACGAGGAGAACACGGGGGCGGACCGGCUCAUGACCGAGCGCUGCAAGGAGCGGGUGAACUCGCUGGCUAUCGCCGUGAUGAACAUGUGGCCGGGGGUGAAGCUGCGGGUGACCGAGGGCUGGGACGAGGACGGGCACCACCUCCCYGACUCUCUGCACUACGAGGGCCGGGCACUGGACAUCACCACGUCCGACCGYGACCGCCACAAGUACGGCAUGCUGGCACGCCUGGCCGUCGAGGCUGGCUUCGACUGGGUCUACUACGAGUCCAAGGCGCACAUCCACGUCUCCGUCAGAGCAGAUAACUCGCUGGCCAUCCGCACCGGCGGCUGCUUYCCCGGCCACGCCACCGUGACGCUGCAGAGCGGCGAGCGCCGGGGUCUGGCCGAGCUGCGCCGGGGUGAUUGGGUGCUGGGCGCCGAGCCGGGCGGGCGCCUGGUGCCCACCGAGGUGCUGCUCUUCCUCCACCGGGACCUGGGCCAACGCGCCUCCUUYGUGGCCAUCGAGACGGCCAGCCCGGCGCGCCGGUUGCUGCUCACCCCAUCCCACUUGGUGUUCGCAGCCCGUGGGGUGGCYAACGGCUCGGCCGCUUUCCUGCCCAUCUUUGCCCGCCGUGUGCGCCCGGGUGAUGCCGUGCUGGCCCACGGGGCUGGCGAGAGGGGGCUGCGUCCRGCACGGGUGCUCAGGGUCUCACGGGAGGAUGGCGUGGGGGUCUUUGCCCCACUCACAUCCCAYGGCACCUUGCUGGUUAAUGGGGUGCUGGCAUCCUGCUACGCCGUCCUGGAGAGCCACCGCUGGGCACAUCGRGCUUUCGCCCCUCUCCGCCUCUUCCACGGGCUCCUCUCGCUGCUGCCAACCCAAGCCAAGGUGGGCAACGGGACGGUGCCAGAGGCUGGCAUGCACUGGUACUCCAGCCUGCUCUACCGGCUGGCCGGGGGCGUGYUGGGCCACGAGGCUCUGCAGGUGUAGGGGUCCCUGGUCCCCCCAGUCACCACACGGUGGGUGAUGCUGCACACUGGAAGUGGGGGGCUCCAGCCCUGGGCACCCCCUGGAUCCCUGGGGCAUCCCUGGUGCUAUGGGAAGGUCAGGGCUCUGCACUGCUCUGGGGCACGGGGUGGUGGGGAUGGGAUGGAGUGUCACCAAGGACCUGGCUCAGCCCUGUCCUUUGUCCUAGAGCCGCCCCACAGCCGGGUCCCCAUGCCCCAGACCCCCACAUGCUCUGCUGGUAUUUAUUGCUUUAUUAACCACUGCGCUGGGGCUGGGGUUGGUGCUUGUCAAACCACAGCCAGGCACUACCAGACCCCACCCCAAAACCAAAUCCAGCUGGGAGAUGCAAAAAAUACCCCAGCACCGAGCACUUGGCAGCAGUGCCUGAUCCCCUGCUCUGGGUCUGUCCCUGUCACCCACAGUGUUCCUGUCCCUGUGCUGCAGGGUGGCAGGACGGGGUGUCUGCCACGGGCAC